UUUAAAAUUAGAAAGACGAAUGGUUGCGGUGGUUUCCCAUUCCUUUUUAAACCCUAGAAAUUUAAAACUGAAGCACCAUCAACAUUUUCCAACCUUUCUCCACAUUUCAUCAUCUCCAAUGUCUUGGUCAUGCAACAAAUGCACUUUCCUCAAUCCCCCUUCUCAAAAUUCCCAAUGCCGAAUAUGUUUUUCCUCACGUCCCUCUCCAUCUCCUUCCGCUUCUUUUUCUUCUUCUUCUUCUUCUUCUUCUUCUUCUUCUUCUUCUUCUUCUUCUUCUUCUUCUUCUUCCUCAAAAUGGUCCUGCAAAGCUUGCACACUUUUGAACUCUUACAAACACUCCACUUGCUAUCUCUGCGGCACACGAUGCCCCGUUCUUUCCCUUUCCACCAUGCACGAUUCAACUGACCUGGGUAACGAUUCUUCCGUCGGUUCCGUUUUCUUGCCUCUUCGACCUUGCAAAAGGAAGAUCGAUUCCUCUCAAGAUUCUGAUCAACCACUACACGCUAACAAGUCCGCUAAGCUCAUUGAUCUUACUGAGAAAGUUGAUUCUGGAAAAGAUUUGAGUUCGGUGAAGAUUUUAAGCUACAAUGUUUGGUUCCGUGAAGACUUGGAGUUGCAAAAGAGAAUGAAAGCUAUUGGUGACCUUAUUCAGUUGCAUUCUCCCGAUUUUAUCUGUUUUCAGGAGGUUACUUACAAUAUAUAUGACAUUUUCAAGCGAUCCUCUUGGUGGAAUGUAUAUCAUUGUUCAGUUGCUUCUGAAAAGGCUUAUUCAAGACCUUACUAUUGUAUGCUGUUAAGCAAACUUCCUGUGAAAUCUUUUCACACCAAAUCAUUUAGCAACUCUAUAAUGGGAAGAGAACUUUGCAUUGCUGAAGUGGAGGAUGUGGGCGGAAAAUCAUUAGUUGUGGCCACUAGCCAUCUCGAGAGUCCCUGUCCGGCACCUCCGAAAUGGGAUCAAAUGUUUAGCAAGGAACGAGUGGAGCAGGCUAAUGAGGCUCUGAACCUUCUCAAGAGUCACCCUAAUGUUAUUUUUGGAGGUGACAUGAACUGGGAUGACAAACAUGAUGGUCAAUAUCCUUUACAAGAGGGGUGGGUUGAUGCCUGGUCAGCGCUAAGACCAAAUGAAACUGGUUGGACAUAUGAUACCAAGUCAAAUAAGAUGCUGUCAGGCAAUCGUACCCUCCAAAAACGAUUGGAUCGUUUUGUUUGUCAUUUACGUGAUCUUAAGAUAAGCAGUAUUGACAUGAUUGGGAUGGAUGAAAUACCAGGUGUCUCAUACAACAAAGACAAGAAAGUAAGAAACGAGAUCAAACAACUGGUACUCCCUGUUUUGCCCAGUGAUCAUUACGGCCUCCUCUUGACAAUUUCCAGUAAGUAGUUAUCCCUGUGAAAUCUUACUGAUGAAACACUUUUUCUAGUAAGUAGUUAUCCCUGUGAAAUCUUACUGAUGAAACACUUUUUCUCACUGCCAUUGAUAUAUCUUAGGCAUGCGCUGCAUGCGAUUUUGUAUAGACCAUAUGAAAUAUGUCAACGCUGUAAUUAAAAUGUGUCAAAACUUUUAUUGACCAUUUUGCGUAUAAAUAUUUUCAAAGUAUUGCAUGAACUUUGUCUUUA